AUGGCGGUUUGUGAAAGUUUGGAAAGGGCAUUGAAGGAAAGUAUAAGCUAUGUGCUAGAAAGGUUUGACGGUGUAGAGAAGUUAAGUGAUGAGCAAACAAGUGGGGUAUUGAAUUUUAUUCAACGCAAGGAUGUUCUGGCUGUCUUGCCAACCGGUUCCGGUAAAUCGUUGUUGUUUCAGCUUAUUCCGGGUCUGUGUCUGCGUCUUAACCAAAUGGGAUACUGCAACUAUCCGAAAAGUGCAAUUGUGAUUGUUGUUUGUCCGUUGAAUGCCCUUAUCGAAUGCCAUAUGAAGGAGUUACGACAGCGGGGAAUUUCGUGUACUUGUUUAUCCGGAGAUGAUGCCGACCAAGAUGGCGCACUCGCUGGGAAAUACGCGUUCGUCUUUGCAAACCCUGAGGCGCUUAUCCUGAACGAAAAAUGGAGGAAGAUGCUUCAGUCGCCCAUCUAUCAAAGCAACCUGUUUGGGAUUGUUACCGAUGAAGCCCAUGUUAUUCCUAAAUGGUAUGUUGACUAGUGUUGUUGUGGUUUGAAUUUACUAAGCUUUUAAUUAUCACAUUCAACUUUUGCAACAAUACGAUUUGAGCUUUACUAAUUUCCUAUUUCAAACGUUUACAACAUGUUUUGAAACAAGUUGGAUGGAUUAGGAAUAAAUAUAAACACAAAACAUGUAUUUUGCAGGGAAAAUUUGCUUAAAUUGACGUCUAAAUUGGACUUGUUUUCAUUGAUUGUCUACAAUGAUUUUGUAGUAAGGGACUUGUGCAUUGUGCAAAUCCUGGUAUGUAAAUAAGAUCUUUAAAGGAGGAUUUCUAUAAUUUAUCAAUAUAGGAGACCAUUAUUUUUUAACUUCUCCCUUUUUUUCUGUUUCGUCUCUUUUAUUCAUGUAUGUGGAGGGUUUCCCUGUUUUAUCAUUGAUUAGCCCUACUCAACACUCAUAAAAAGAACAUGUUUUCAGGUCUCGACAACAUUAAUCCUGAACUGUCUCUUUUUUAAAUUUACCAGGGGCUAUGAUAGCAAAGAAAAGCAAUAAGCCUUUCGUGCAUGUUUUGGACGGUUGGGUGAGCUUCGUUCACUAGCUGCAGACAAAACUCCAGUAAUGGCACUAACAGCAACAGCAACCAGAGAGACAAGGCAGCAAAUCAUUAAUGGUCUGAAUUUGAAGGACAACCUGCACCUGAUUGUUGCAAGCCCAAAUAGGUCGAACAUUUAUUUGUAUGUUGCUAAAGUAAACAAAAACUUGUCUGAGACGUUCGGUUGGCUGGUUGAAAAGUUGAUAGUUGAAAAACAGGCUUGCCCAAGAACUUUGGUUUAUUGUAAGACUACCAAGGAAUGUGGACAACUAUUUAGUUUUUUUAAAAUGGAGCUAAAAGAAAAUGCUUAUGUCAGCAGUGAUCACAAGUCUGACAACAUGUUGAUUGGUAUGUUUCACCACAACACCCUUGACAAACAUAAAGGUAGAGUUACCACCUCACUCUACAAACCUUCUGGAACCUGCAGAGUGGUGUUUGCUACAAAUGCUCUUGGUAUGGGAAUUAACUUCAAGGACAUUGCUUAUGUUAUUCACUAUGGGCCUCCUCGUAAUAUUGAAGAUUUUGUCCAAGAAAUUGGUCGUGCUGGCCGUGAUGGCAGGAAGGCAGUUUCAGCAUUAUUUUACCAAGGGAAACAUUUGCGGAAAUGCGAGAAGGCAGUUAAAAGGUAUGCCAAGGAGAGCACCUGUUUGCGAAACCUUUUAAUGUCAGAAUUUGAAGAACUUAACAACACUGUGGGAGAUCAUAGCUGUUGCUUGUCAUGCCAUUUGAAGUGUCUAUGCAGUGACACAAAGUGCAACAUUGACAUACCGUUUACUCACCACAGUUAUCAAGUGAGGGGUUCCUCCAAAGAGUCUUUAAAGAAAAGAAAGACUACCCUUCAACAAAGGUUACUGCUUGAAGAAUUGUUGAGGGACAGGCAAAGGGAACUCUCUUCUAAGUGCUCAGUCUAUUACCUGUCUCCGGAGUGUACAACUGGAUUUAGCGAUAAUCUGAUUAAGUCAGUACUGUCUCAUUGUAAGUACAUUUUUAAUGUGGAUUACAUAAUGGAGAAUUUGCCUGUUUUCAAAAAAGAGCAUGCUUGUGACAUCCUCCAUAUGGUUAGAGAUUCUUUUGAAGAUUUUGAAAUUAAUGAUGAGACACUCACAGACACUGACAAUCAAGAACUUGUUUUUUCUGAGACAUUUGACCUUGAAUAUGGUGGAAUCUAUAGCAACAGCGAAGGCAGUGACAGUGACUUUUUCACAGAUUCUGAGUUGUAG